AUGGAACAGUGCCGAGUCUGCUUACUCCGCCUCUCUGUGAGUGAGCAAAACCAUUAGAAAAAUCCCUGUUUUUGGGAUAAAAAUUACCCACCAUGAGCGAACCAAAAUUUUUUUAAUAUAAAAACAUUUUAUCCAAAAUAUUUUGAUAUAUAAAAGAUAAUUAUUAUAAGAAAUCUCUGUUUAUACUAUUGAAUUUAAAAAAGCUUGCAUUUUAAAACAUAAAAUUUUACAAAUUAAAUUCGUUUUCGCUUUCCAAUAUUUGCGAAUUGGGAUUUUUUUAAAUUUACUAAAAUUUUAAAUUAAUAAUUUUUAAAACAAGUAAUUAGCAUAUCUGUAAGCGAAUUAAUUUAUUUUAUUCGCUCACAGAGGAGUUAGAGCUUCAGCCUUCAGAGUACUUUCUCCAAACUCAAUGCGGCUGUCGUGCAUGCUUAGAGUGCCAACAAAGCUGAGCUCGAUCUCAACUAGAAGAUUCUAAAGUAGUUCUAAAAUGUCCGAUGCCAGAAUGCUCAUCUGCCUUAUCUGCACAAGAGCUCUUAACAAUUCUUACUGAAGAUGACCAAGAAAAUUUAUGGAAAUCUCAAUUUAAGCUAUAUCUAAAACUCGCACCAGAUAUAAAAUUUUGCCCAAAACAGGACUGCCACUAUGCUGGGAUUUUUAAUAAAAAUCAAACCCAAUUUUAUUGUGAAGCUUGCCAACAUUGCUGGGAAGAAAAAAAAGAGACUUGAACGGUCUGGCUGAAAAAUUUAAAAAGUAAUGUAGAUGAUUGAUUUUCUGGACUUUGAAAAAGUGUAUUUUGUAAGUCAUGCCCAAGCUGUGGGAUUAGUAUAGAAAAGAACGAAGGAUGCAAACAUAUGGAGUGCAUUAUAUGUGGGGACAAUUUCUGUUGACUCUGUAUGAAACCAUAUGGAAAGCAUCAAGAAGUUGAAUGCGCAAACCCAAAUUUUGAUGGACCAUUAAUUAUGGCAGUGGUAUUAGGGAUUCUGUUUCUUGCCAAAAUCUUUACAGAAUUUCAAAGUGUAUUGAAUUUGACGCUAAUUUUGGUAUCAUAUCUUUUUUUCCUACUUGGUACUGCUACACAAACUUGUCUGGAUUAUGGAAUAGCAGAAAAUUUAUUUGGGAAAUUGACGAACACUGAACCUUCUUUUUGCAUCACAAAUCUCCAUCUUAUGAAUUUUAUCAUAGUCAGAGUUCUUAUUAUUUUAAUUGCAAACAUGGUAAAGGCAUCAAAUAGCCUUUCAAUCUAUUUUGAUGCCGCUUUAUUCAUUUUUGUCAUAAUUUUUAAGCUUACUAAACGAUAUUUGUAA